GGACGGGCGGUAUGUCAGCGUUUGGCCUCUGAGGGCGCCUCCGUGGUGGUGGCAGACAUCAGCGAGGAGUCUGCCAACGAGACCAUGGUGGGUCUGCAGAAUGACCUCAGAGGACAGGUCACAUGGCGGCUGUGGUGGAUGUGUCAUCAAAAGAGAGCGUGAAGAAGCUGGUCACCAGAAUACAGCCUCCCUCAGUGUGUGUGAACGCAGCAGGCAUCACGCAGGACCACUUCCUGCUCAACAUGGAGGAGGAUCACUUUGACAGAGUCAUCCAGGUCAACCUGAAGGGCUCCUUCUUGAUCACUCAGGCUGUGGCUCAGGCUCUGGUGGCCUGUGGAGCACCCAAAGGAUCCAUCAUCACCGUGGGCAGCAUCGUAGGAAAGUGAUCAUCCGUCCAUCCAUCCACC